CUGACGAAGAGAGUGGUGGACAGCGAACCGUGUCCGUGGAUGGUUGUGGCCGUUGUAGAAGUUAGUGGUUGUAAUUGCACAUGCUCGUAUAUUACCAUCGUUUAAAGUACUGAAGUUAAAGCUAUGGGAAAGGGUAGAAAAGCUAGGAAAAAAGACAGAAGCUUUGCACAGAAGAGGCGAGCUAAAGAGAACAAAUGGGACGAGAAAGCGCCAAGGCAGUCUUAUGAGGAAAUAGUACGAGAAAAUGCAGAGUUUGAAAAUUAUUAUAAGCUGCAACAAAUCUGCCCUGAUGAAGAAUGGGAAAAUUUUAUGGCAACAAUUAAAGAAACUUUACCAACAGCAUUUCGUAUAACUGGAUCAAAAUCAGAAGCAAGAGCUCUGCUGGGAAUUGUGAAAGGGAAAUUCUUCAAGGAUUGUCUCUUAAACCCAUCACAGCCAGAUGAGAAUAGCCAGAAAAUAGACAAGGAAAUAGAACAGAAGAAACCAAUUUGCUUACCAUGGUAUCCAGAUGGACUGGCAUGGCAGUUACAGUUGACUCGAAAGGAUAUCCGUCGUUCUGAAGCUUAUUUUCGUCUGCACAAUUUCCUUAUAUCAGAAACAGACUGUGGAAAUAUCAGUCGACAGGAAGCUGUCAGUAUGAUCCCACCACUUCUGCUAGAUGUUAAACCACAUCAUAAGAUCUUGGACAUGUGUGCAGCACCUGGUUCAAAGACAGCUCAGCUGAUUGAAUUGCUGCAUGCUGAAGAUGGCAGAUUUCCCACUGGUUUUGUGAUAGCAAAUGAUAUAGACAACAAUCGUUGCUAUAUGCUGGUUCAUCAGGCUAAGAGGUUCAAUUCUCCGUGCGUUGUGAUCACGAACCAUGAUGCAGCUGUCAUGCCAAAUUUCACUGUUACUGGUACAGAUGGAACUCUGACAAUGCUGAAAUUUGACCGGGUGCUGUGUGACGUGCCUUGUUCUGGAGAUGGCACGCUGCGAAAGAAUCCUGACAUCUGGUUGAAGUGGAACACUGCAAAUGGAAAUAAUCUACAUGGUAUCCAGUCCCGAAUUUUGCGUCGUGGUGUUGAGAUGCUGUCAGUUGGAGGACGUCUGGUAUACUCUACCUGUUCACUCAACCCACUUGAGAAUGAAGCUGUGAUACAUCGCCUCCUAGUGGAUACACGAGGUGCAGUACAACUAGUAGAUGUUUCAUCCCAACUCCCUGGGCUGAAAUAUCGACAGGGGCUAGUGCAUUGGCUCCCAACAUCCCGUGAUAUGCGAGGGUACACCAGUUACAAUGAUGUUCCUGAGAAAUGGCAGACACAAGUUAGACCACAGAUGUUCCCCCCUUCACCUGAAGAUGCACACAAGUUUAACUUAGAGAGGUGUAUCCGCAUUUUGCCUCAUCAACAAGACACAGGAGGCUUCUUUGUAGCUGUCAUAGAAAAGCUGCGGCCACUUCCAUGGGAGGCAGCCGCCAAAGCAUUGCCUGCAGAAAGUGAGGAACAAGAACAAGGAGGUAAUGAGAAGGAUGCUGCUAACAGUACCAGUGAGGAUAAGGUUCCAUGGGGACCACAGAGGAAGAGACGACGAACCCAUGGUUACAAAGAAGAUCCAUUUGUGUUCUUUACUGAAGAUGAACCUCUCUGGCCAUCCAUCAGGGAUUUCUAUGAUAUUGACUCUCUUUUGAGUCCCACCUGCCUGCUCACACGCUGCAAUGAGGGCAAGAAAAAGAAUAUCUACUUCACAUCUCUUGCAGUUCGUGAUAUUGUCAUCAAUAACCAUCUAACAAUCAAGCUAAUAAAUACUGGUGUGAAAAGCUUUGUUCGCUGCGAUAACAAGUCCAUGGACUGUGCCUUCAGAUUAGCACAAGAGGGUUUACACAGCAUAUUGCCAUACAUUGGACCAAAGCGGAAAAUUUUUGUAACCAAGGCUGACCUAAUCAAGCUUCUGAUAAAUGAUGACCCUAAGUUUCCACCAGAGGCAGACACCUUGGAUCCUUCGACUCAAGAGCAGUUGAAAGACAUAUCACAAGGCAGCUGUGUGUUGGUGUAUCAAGGCGAAGAUAACCCUUCUUCUGGUGGGGACAUAACACGUCUCACCUUGGCGAUGGUGGGUUGGCGAGGUGCUAAAUCCGUGCGAGCCUAUGUGCCUAUCAGUGACUGUGUGCAUUACCUGCGUCUCUGUGGGGCUGAUGUUUCCAAGUAUGAAAAGAAUAAAUUUAUUAAAAACCCAUCAGUUGCUGAGGAGAAGAGUGGUGAAAAAAUUGCUGUUGAUAAUGAAACUGAAGUUAAAGAUGAAGACAGAAAUGAAGAGGAAGAAGUUGGCAUGCUGGGCGAACCUACAUAGCAGUCAUGAUGCAGUUCCUAUUGAUGGUUGUGUAGAUUCUACAUAAAUCAUGCCAGAAUGGGGCCCUGCCUUCAUUUUAUUAUAGUCAUUAACUAUUAACAUUGAAAAAGAAUGUUACAAAUUUUGUUUCUAAGGUUAUAACAUUCACUUCUUUUAUAUUAUAAAAUUGAAACAACCAAGCAGGUAUAUUAGGUAUCUUUGAACAGUAAUUAAAAUUAUAUGACAUGUUUACUGCUCUAUUUAUUUCUGUUACUUCCUUGAGCAGAUGAAAGUUAUUUGUAAGGUUUGGAGCUUUCAUGGUGAAUAAAUGUGUUAAAAUCUUCUUACUUGA